CCGGUUCUAAUCAGUUCUUAUGGUACGUAACUCUUCACGCUACCAGGAAAACGUCCUUGGCCGAAUCCUGGAAGAUUCUGCAACAACUUGAACACUUUUUUAAAAAAGUGACAAAAACGAGAACAGACAGUGACUUACUCAAAGAUUUCCACUUCAGACAAACAAACUGAAGGUAUAUAAAGUCUGUGUUUCCAUCUCUGAGACAUCCUGUGAGCAGAAACUGCUGCUGGAACAGACUCUUCAACUAAUCAUCAAAACAAGAUGGCUGCAGGUCUUGUCUUCACUCUGCUUCUUGGUCUGAGCUUUGGACUCUGGGAUGGAGCUGAUGCCGAAUGUCACCUGAGAGUUCCCACACGCAUUGACUGCCCUGCAGGGUGGAGUUUUGACGGAGAUCGCUGUUUCAUUGUUUUUAAUAUUCCAAAGUCCUGGAUUGCAGCAGAGAAAUCUUGCCUCCUAUUGGGUGCACAUCUGGCCUCAUUCCGAACUACAGAGGAGUACUUAAUAAUCACACACCUUAUCCGCAAAAAAUUUAAAUAUGACGUAUCAACUUGGGUUGGCGCUUUUGAUGCAGUAAAGGAAGGCAGGUGGAUGUGGAGUGACGGUACGGGAUUAUGUACUAGGGUAUGGAGCCUUAAUCAGCCAAAGAAUGAUGGUGGAAACGAACACUGCAUGGUCGUCAACUUAGAUGGAAAAGAGCAUGUGAGUGAUGUUGAGUGUCAUCAGAAGCUGCCCUACGUCUGUGCCAAACCCCUGUAACCUUCUUCUGCCUUUUAAUCUGAAAUGCCCAUAUGGCUUUCCUGCUGGUGAUGUCACUUCCACCUGAAUGUCAAGCCUCGAUGACAUCACUGUUGGAAGAACCUGAUUUCACUUUAUUUGAUCACUUAAAUAAAUGCUCUUUUUCUCUGAAA